UUACAUAAAAGUAGGAACUUCGGUGAAAAACCUGUUUUACAAAUAUAAGAUUAUCUCUAUUAUUUAUUUAAAACAAAAAAAGUUUUUCCAUUUUUAACGAAAUAGAUUAUAGAAUAAUAUUAGUUCAUAUAAAUUCAACAAGAUCCAUUUUGAAUAUUUUGUUUUAAUUUUAUUUUAAGUUACAUGCAAAAGGCUGCUAUUGCUAAAGGUAGGACCUAACAAGCCUGAAUAAAAAUAAUGAAUCUAUGAUUCAAAUAACGACUUUAAUCUACUGAAUAAUAAUUCCCAGAAAAUAGCUUUUUAUUCAAUAAAAAAAUCGUUAUUCACUAUAUUUCCUGAAAUGCAUUUCUUUAGAUUUUGUUACAUUUUUUUUAUAGUUCUAAAAUUAAAUUAAUUUUCAGCAAACAUUCAUGGAGAGCACUGAUUGAUAUAAAGUGGUUAGUUAUCAAAACUUCAGAAGAGUAGUUUCAAUCCGGGGAGGCUAGGGCCAGUCAAGAUGGAUCAUGAUCAAUUUGUGGUAGGUAGGGAUGGGUUGGUCGGGUUUCUCUAAUCUCAAACUCAACAAGCGGGUGCAUUUAUUGAAGAAAAAAAAAUUGAUAAAAUAUUUUGGGAUCUAGAAGUGAAAAUCCAACCCAUCGAGUAAUCAAAAAUUCACAAACCUAACAUUAUAUUAUUUAUUCGAACACCGACAUUAUAACGUUAUCAAAGUUUUCCCUAUAAAAAUAUAUCCAUGAAGAUUAAAAACAUUCAUAAAUUAUCAAUAUUAUUAAAUUUAUAUUGAUGUGAAAAUUAAUUACGUGCAUCCAUAAAUUAUACAUAUUGUAUGUUCUCACAAAAACUUUUCAAUCGAAUGAUUUGUCUGUCCAGGGUUAUAAACCCUACAGGCGGCAACUAAACACGAGGGUUGCGCUUGUUAUAUUCGAUACCAGUAAGAAAAGUCCCCCCAAAAAAUGGUCGGUUAGAUACAAAAUAACGCCAUUUUGCUUUAUAAGUGCAUGUCUGAGUGGAAAGCGGGUUGAACCGAUCCAAAACCCGUUGACACUAAAUUUCACUCGCUUUGACUGCGUUGGAUUGAGUUGGGUACCCGUAAAUUCGGGUUAGAAUUGUUGUCCGUAGUGGUAGGUAGGCACAUAAUAUCUGCAGCAGCAACCAUUCAUUAAAAUUUAUCAGUUUGUGCAGGUCCACCACCAAAUGGAAGAUGAUGAUGAUGAACUUGAUCCACAGUAUCGAUCCGUCAGCUUGUGUUGUGGAUCCGGCCUGUGUAUGUCUGAUUUUCUUCGGAUCUGUCGCAGUUUUGUUUUAUGGGGUUUUUCUGGUUUUGAUAACACUAUAUAAUUAUGCAGCUGCAGCACGCUAAGCAUAACUGUAGAUCAUGUGGAGGAACAGGAAACGGUCAUGGGUUUCUCUAAUUUCUUUCUUAAUUACUUCAUUAAUUAUAUAUAGCAGGCCUAAUAAGUAAUAUCUAAUCCGUACUUAAUUAAUACUGCAAAUAUAGAGUUAUAUUCGGAUCUGGAUCUCGGCGUUGGUUGCCAGGAAAUCUUCAUUUUUAACUACUCUGAAGUUUGAACCACUUGAUCAACAAGAGGUAUAAUAGAGUCAAACUCUGAGACCGCUGGCUCGACACAAUUUGGGUCUUGUGAGUCGAGGAGCCGAAGGGGAUGCUAAUAGAGGCAAACAAGCAGUGGCGGAGCUAGGAAGAAGUCUGAAGGAGUAUAAUCGGCUCUCGUUAAUUUUUAGGUAGGAAGACGAACGCCAAAGCGUCCUAACUGCUAACUCGUAUUAAUAAUAAAACGGUCCAUGGAGAUUGCCAUGGAGUCAUACAAAAGCCAAUUACACAAAGUCGGGUCACACACAUCGAAGGGAUGUGUACCAAAAGGGGCAUUAUGGCCCUUGCAAGCCAAGUAGUCGGCGGCAAAAUUUCCCUCCCUAUAAACAUAUGAAACAGUCACAUCCCAUUCAAGACCUAAAGGUCUUCCAAAUUUAUACAAAAUUACAUGUCACGUUCAGAACAAAUUUAUAAAAAAAAAAAAGUUGUCAUCAAGACUUUAACCCCUCUCUCUAAUUAUCACGGUUCAAAUCAGCCUCCUUCAAAUUACUGGCUCUCCCACUGGUGGCAAGGCGAGCCUUGUCCGCCAGGUGGUGGGUCGUCUCAGUAAUUGGGGUGUUCAAGUCGCACUUUUUUUUUAUGAAAAAACUAUAUGUUCCUCUCUUUUUUUUUGUGUGUGUAAUGUUACUGUUGUUUUGUAUCGCGCUGUUCUCAGUGAACUAAGAAAGAAAAAGUUAAAACAAACAAUGGCACCCGAAACACAAUUCUCCAAAAUUUAGAAAGAAUUAUCGAGAAAACUACAACAAACACAACCCAUUAAAUAAAUUCAUCGUACUCAUUCAAUAUAUGCUUCGUUUCUAAUCGGCUGUUUGGUCGUGGAGUUCAAAGAUAAAAUAUGAUAGACGUUCUCAUCCCGCACGUCAACACGAGAGGCCAUUUAAGUAUUAAGAAAACACGUGGGUCAUGUGCUUUCAUGAUUUCACCAACAACUACCCACUACGACUACUACGUACUACUUUGUUGGUUUAUUUGGAUCGGAAAGAGUUGAAACAAGGGUAGGUAGGUGAAUGGAAUCAACAAAGCCGACUGCAAAACUUUUUUUUGUCGACUCUCUUUUUUCAAGCCGUAAAAGGAUUCAUUUGCCAACAAAAAAGACAUACAGAGUCUGACAAAGCUUCUCGGAUGCGGUUGGUGGAUCUCUCCACCAAUGAUGUGUAAACUUCCGUUUUGUACGAGCUUCAGAGAGUUGAUGGAUGAAGGUUGAUUACGACUUAGAACACUGAAGUUACUCGAGAUUUAUAUGCCGGUUUCGGGCGGUUGAUAUAGAGUUGAGAGGUUGUGGAAAUGCGUUUAGUUUUAAACUACUGUCUGACAUCCUUAAUCUUUACUUUAACGACGUGAUUGGAAACGGUUUCGUGAAGUAGGAGAUCGAUAGAGAGUUGAGAUUGUCGGAGUUGUUCAUUUCUAUCUAUUUUGAACGUUUGCUAUGAGUGACAAUCAAGUUGGUGUCGGUAUCAGUGUGUUAGGAAAUUUGUGACCGUAGAUUUGGCUCAAUACGAUAUAACAAUCUGGUUUUUUUGUAUAGGUGGGCUGGUCUCAAACUAUAGUUCAACCACUUCUCGUCUUCACCUUAACCACAUGAUUGUACAACGACACAAGAAGUAUGAUUGAUCAAUCCCACGGACGAGAUGAACUUAGAUUUGAACACAUCUACUCCAGGAUUAUUCUACUAUCCCACUCCAAAGGAAGUAUUCUUCCUUGUAGGAAAGUUAAACAAACCUAGCUUUCCUUUUGGUCCCAAAUCAAGUUAAAAAAUUUAUCUUCGACAAUAAAAAAAUGGCUGCGUUUAGAGGAGUCAUAUAUGUUCAAUUUUAGUAGAAGAUCAUCAUUGAUCAAGCACAAAUGAAAGACCCACUUGACCUCUUCGAUGAACUAUGCUUUUCAUUGUCUUGAUCUCCUAACCCUUCAUUGGAGAGUGACCAUUUUCUCACGAUUUCAAAAACAUAAAUGAGCACUUCAGCAUACUUUACAAAGUUUAGUGGCAAUUCUGCAAUAUGGAUCAAAAGUUCAGUGACCAUUUUGCCAUUGAGCUCACAAAAAGCCCUAAGCCCAAAACAUAAAACAUACAUCUAUCCUUCCUUCCUCAAGUGGAAAUGGCCAAAAACCAAGCAUCACUUUCCAAACGUUGAUGCAGUUUUUUGCAUUAUUUGACUUGCACAGCAGUUUCAUGUCUCCUGGAAAUCGAAAUAAAGAAACAUGAAUGAUAUGAAUUAGAGAACUUGGAUCAUAAUGUUAUAUCACAAACUUCAUAAAACUGGAAAAUGGCUUUAAGUUAGAAAAGAAAAAAAAAGAACAAAAUUCUGAGUAGCUGUAAUUAGCUGAUCCAUUUACCUCUGUAAAGAACUUCACUGCUGGUGGGUGAUCACACAACCGAUCAUAUAAUCCAUGGAGACCAUUUGGAGAUUCUUCAUCAUCAUCAUCAUCAUUUUCUUCUUCGCCAUCUUCAUUCGUCACUACUCUGUCGUCGUAAACUGGAAUAACCAGACAAUUCUUGAUCAAGUCGAGCAGCUCGUGCGUGUACCAGCAGCGAAAGAAGAAUUCAACGGUAGAAGAGUCGCCCGCAUUUUCCCCAACGACGAGUGUUUGAUCAGUAGACCAUACUAAGAAGUGACCAUUCAAGAGACGCUCAUCUUUCUGAUCAUCAUAUUUUCGGAAAGGUUUCCAAACGUAUUCGCCCACAACAACUUCAGCCCCCCAGCAUUGUCUCUAUCGUCGAGCAUCAUGCAAUGAACAUGGAAAUUGGUGUCCUUAUUACUAAGAAGGGGAUCAGGGGAGUUGAGCAGCACACAGAAGAUUAUCGACUUCAACUUCCAUGGAUGUCCACGCAACUUUGCUGUCACUGUUGUGUUAUUAGUAUUACCAUUAUUAGGUCCCUUUUUGUUUCCUCCUUCACCACCACCACUUUCACUCCCCCAUUUUGCAGGGAGUAACAGGCUCGACUGGUAAGAGCAUCGAAUAGAAUCCUGUGUGAACUGCAGCAAUGAUACAGCACAAAAGGGAAGCAGAAAUUAUGACCACUAUGCCAAAGCACCAAUCUAUAUCUGAGAAGUCAUGUUUCUCGACAUUGCCAAUUGACAGGGUUUGAAGUGACUUGCAACCAUGAGCAUCCAAUUUUUGCAAGGAUGGAGGAAGCUCUGGCAAAUGCCUUAGCUGAUCACAACCAACCAGAUUGAGUUCACUCAAUCUCGUUAGUUUGUGGAUGGUGAAAGGGAGGCAUGCUAGACUCUUCCAAUCUUCUAGGUUGAUAUGUCCCAGAGAUUUCAACUUAGAGAAGUCACCAGAGAUGAGAAUAAGUUGCUCGUUUUUCGAAAGGUCGAGGUUCGUCAAUUCUGUCAACUUCUCCAACUCAACCACCUCUUCGCAAGGUUAAGCCCUUCAGGCUUGGGAUGACUGGAAAUUCAGUCAACUGAGAGCAGCCACUGCAUCGGAGUCCCACAAUAUGCAUUUUGGUGAUGAAACUUGGAAACUUCUGGAUUGGUAUGUAGCUUAGAUCCAACAUUCUCAGGCUGGGUAAAAUGCCAUAAUGACAAGUACUUUGUUCGUGGUUGCUGGUUGGAUAGUCUGCCAAGUUCUCGAACUUUAGGCAGAUGCAAUCCGACAAGUUGAGGGAGUCCAACUUGGGGAGAUCCAAAAUUGAGGAGGGGAGCUCCACUAAGCUCUCACAUGAAGAAAGGUCAACGUUUUAAAGCUUUUUAGCCCUGGAGAGAUCAGGCAACUUUCUUAGCCUUUUUGAUCCCGUGAGAUUAAGGAAUUUCAAAUUCCCCAAAUCCUGCAAGAUGUGUAUGUGUACAGUACAAUGAGGAAAGUGUACGGAAUUUCAAAAGAAGCUCUAGAUUAUUGAAUUAAGAAAUACGUACCGCAUUAAGUUGUUCAUCACUUUCCCAAAGUUGUUCAAUCUGGCUACAUGGCAGAUUAAGUUUGAUAAGAUUUUCAGCAGAAAAUUGACAAGGCAAACACUUAGAAGCAAACGAAUGCCAGUCAAGAAUUCUCAACGCGUUUGGUAGAUAUUUUAACCCAUCCUUUGGAGUAACUAGACUGCUAGCGCACUCACCAAUCACGAGGAAUCGGAGUUUCUUCAUCUUCAUGAAAGUGUCGGGUUGCAAGUGCAAGUCAUGUUCAUCCUUCUUAAAAAAAGAGUGCAAGCCAUGUACCUUGAAUCCGAUUUGGUCAACCUUCAAGAAGAUACCUUCGGUGGAUUCAGUCCCCUGUGUAGUGAAAACAAAAACAAACAGGUCCAUAAAAAAUUUAUUUUUCAAAUUCAGUGCCUAACCUUCAAGUGAUAAAUUAAUUACUAUCACUAAUAAAAAGUCAAGUUAAUAGGAAAUUUGUUUGCAAAAAAAAAAACUAUAAAGAAAAAUAAGUAAUGCAGUAAAAUUUAGUCCUUAGA